AGCUGCUCUCCAAGUCCCCAUCCCCUGUCCCUCCCAGUGCUGCAAGCUGCUGGCUCCAGCCUGGCUUUCCGUUCCACGCAGCAGCUGGAGCCAUUCUGGAUUCACCUCCUUGGUCCUUGUCAGGCAGCCGGGCCCUCCCAGACACAGCCAAGCUGCUGGCAAAGGGGGAAUCCCAAAACGAUGGUGCUGCUGCAGAAACCACCCUGCUGCGGGAGCGAAAACUCAAUAACACAACACCUGAGACCUGCACGGCGCACCCGAGCCACCCGCUCUGGGAGUUAGGGUGUCCCAAAGGUGGGUUGUUCCAUCCUCUGGCCCACGGGCUGGUUGUGCCCUCCUCUGUUUGAGCCGUGAGCACUUCAGGGCAGGGAUUGUGCCCCGUCCUCUGAACAAACACCAGGGCGUCUCCCCCCCUGCACAUUUCAGCAUUCCUGGGCAGCCUGGCUGUGAGCAGCACACAGAAUUCAGCCCUUAAACUGACAAAAGGCAUGGGAAAAUAUGAACAGCCCUGUUUAUUGGAGAGGGGGCUGGGAGACGUAGGUGGUGUCAUUUUUAAUGUUUUUUUUAUUUUUACCCCCAGUCACAUUUCAGUCUCUUGACUGUUGGGUUGGGCCGUGGUUUAGUGAGGAUGGAUGGUUUGCUCCUGUGGAGAAGGAUGGAGCACUGGAAGAAACAACACCCCGUUAGCUGGGAGCAGAUUUAACACAGAUUUAACACCCCUGCAAAGCUGCCAUCUGCCACCCAGGAGGGGAAGGAGGCUGCCAGGGCUUGACUGCCUCCUUGCUUUGUUCCAGGCGAGCUGAAAUGGGAGCUGACACCCCGCUCAGACAAAAAGCGCUGGCAUCGACAGGUGGAAGGAGUGUUCAAGCAGCAUGCGACUGGCUCUUCUCCCACGUGGGUGACCCGUUCCUGGAUGACAGCCUGCCCCGGGAGUACGUGCUGUACCUGCGCCCCACCGGGCCCCUGGCGCAGAAGCUCUCCGAGUUCUGGCAGCAGUCGAAGCAGAUCUGUGGCAAGAACAAAGCUCACAACAUCUUCCCCCACAUCACCCUCUGCCAGUUCUUCAUGUGUGAGGACAGCAAGGUGGACGCUCUCACGGAAGCCCUGCAGGCCACGGUGAUGCGCUGGAAAUGCAAAUUCCCUGCCCCCCUGCCCCUGGAGCUCUACACAUCCUCCAACUUCAUCGGGCUCUUCGUCAAGGAGGAAAGUGCUGAGGUGCUCAAGAAGUUUGCUGCAGACUUCGCUGCAGAGGCGGCUUCCAAAGCAGAUGUCCACGUGGAGCCCCACAAGAAGCAGCUCCACGUGACCCUGGCCUAUCACUUCCAGAGCAGCCACCUGCCCACGCUGGAGAAGCUGGCCCAGAGCAUCGACGUCAAGCUGGGCUGUGACUGGGUGGCCGCGAUCUUCUCCCGCGACAUUCGCUUCGUCAACCACGAGACUCUGCAAGUGAUCUACCCCUACACCCCCCAGAACGACGACGAGCUGGAGCUGGUGCCAGGGGAUUUCAUUUUCAUGUCCCCAGUGGAGCAGAGCAGCACGAGUGAGGGCUGGAUUUAUGGCAUUUCCCUGGCCACUGGCUGCUCGGGGCUGCUGCCUGAAAACUACAUCACCAAGGCGGAUGAAUGUGGCACCUGGGUGUUCCAUGGGUCCUACUCCAUCCUGAACACUGCCUCUUGCCCAUCCCUCCAAGCCUUUGCUGAUGGAGCUCUGGAGAGAAGGCAGCAGGAAGACCAAGGGCCAGGGGACGCUGGGCCACUCACCAUCAUCUGCCAGAACGUGCAGCCCCUGAGGAUAAGCAGCCAGCCGGGCCCUCAGAAGCGCUGCCUGUUCGUCUGCAGGCACGGCGAGAGGAUGGAUGUGGUUUUUGGGAAGUACUGGCUGUCCCAGUGCUUCGAUGCCAAAGGCAGGUACAUGCGCAGUAACCUGAACAUGCCUCACAACUUACCUCAGAGGAGUGGUGGUUUCAGGGAUUACGAGAAGGAUGCUCCCAUCACCGUGCUGGGCUGCACCCAGGCGCGGCUCGUGGGUGAAGCCUUGCUGGAGACCAACACCAUUGUGGACUACGUGUACAGCUCGCCAUCGCUGCGCUGCGUGCAGACAGCUCACAACAUCCUGAAAGGCAUGCAGCAGGAGAACACGCUGAAGAUCCGCGUGGAGCCCGGCCUGUUCGAGUGGACCAAGUGGGUGUCGGGGAGCUCGCUGCCCGCCUGGAUCCCGCCCGUGGACCUGGCUGCAGCCACGCUCAGCGUGGACACAACCUACAGACCUCACAUUCCUGUCAGCAAGCUGGUGGUUUCCGAGUCCUACGACUCCUACAUAAGCAGAAGCUACCAAGUGACGAAGGAAAUCAUCAGUGAAUGUAAAGGCAAAGGAAACAACAUCCUGAUCGUGGCUCAUGCGUCCUCCCUGGAGGCCUGCACCUGCCAGCUCCAGGGGCUGUCACCCCAGAACUCCAAGGACUUUGUACAGAUGGUCCGAAAGAUUCCCUACCUGGGCUUUUGCUCCUGUGAAGAACUGGGGGACACCGGCGUGUGGCAGCUCACAGACCCUCCCAUCCUCCCUCUCACUCAUGGACCCACUGGAGGCUUUAACUGGAGAGAAACGCUCCUGCAGGAGUAGGGAGAAGCCCAGCAAGGACAGCCCUUCCCAGCGCUGCAGAAUGCCUCCUCUUCUUCUUCUUCCUCGUGUUUUAUUGCCAGGAAAACCCCUCCUCAUCUGUCCAGCGGCUCCCUCCCAGCACACCUCGCACAGCCACAGCCCCGCGAGAAGUCGUUUCCCGUUUAAAUGGGCUGUAAAUCAGUUCGUGUACAACAAAACGGGCUGAUUUGAGGGGGGGAAAUUAAAUUAAAAUACAGCUUGAGGCUCUCGCACAGCUCGGGGUUGGUUUCCUCACCUUGAAGGAGCUCUGGUGACACUUUCACUGCCACUGCAGCGCGGCAGGGACACGGAGCCCUGUGUCAGGCAGGAUGCUGGGGGUGUUUUCUCACUGCUGUUUUUGCAAAGUGUCCGCAGCCUUGUUCAGCACCUCGUGCUUGCUCCAAUCCCAGCCCCCAAACCCUCAGCACCUUCCAGAAAAAUGAAAGGGUUUUGUUUCCUUCCCCAAGGCUGGAAAUGAGUCCAGCCAGGCUGCACCAGGUUUUCCUCUCCUCUGAGCAGAGAUGGGAGUGCUCAAAACGUGCUGGAUAUUGUGCAGAGAUUGGCUGAUAUUGAGGAAAAUCCCAAAUUUCACAUCAGUUUCAGGUGAAGUUUGGGCAUCAAAAGUCAGCACAACAAAAGCUGGGAGGAAUUUUUUUGAAGUGGAAAUAAAAGAAGCCUUUUCCAACCAAAUAUGAGUGGUUUAGGAAGUUCACAUUUGGGUCUUUUGUCCUUUACUUUGGUUACUGGGCUCCACCUGUGUCCCCAGACACAGCCUAAAGGUUUGUGCUGUUUUAAUUCCCUUCAGAAAGCUUUGGAAAAGGGGUUUUUUUUGCUUUUAUAUUGGGAUUUUUGUGCCGCCUGGAGUGGCUCUGUGUCCCUUUGGCAGCCCUGGGGAGAUUGUGCAGGUUGCUCCAGGAACGAUGGGAUGGAAAAGCUGCUGGAAUUGAGCAGGAAUUCUGAGUGCUUGGCUUCCUCGCCCUUCAUUCCCAAGUUCCACCUGCCAAAAAGACAAAACAGCUAAAAAACCCAGCACGCUUCAAUUUAGGAACAACAUUUGAUGUGUUUAUCCAGGCAGGGAAGGGUUGGGAUUGGGGGAAAGAGGAAGAGGAGGGUUUCCAUCUCUAACCAAGAGGUUUGGGAUCUCAGGGGGAUCCUCUUGGUGCCAGAGCCUGCAGGAUGCUAAAAAUCCUGCAUCCCAAAAUGCACCACAGUGGGUAUUUAUAACCUCAAGUGGCAGCAGAGCAGGGCUUUCUGGGAUUAGAAUUAUCUAAAAUCAUCAGCUUUGCUGAUAAAUUAUCGAUUGUUUGGUGAUAAGUUACCAAUUAUCAAUAAAUUGUAAAUUAUUUGGUGACAGAAUUAUCUAAAACCAUCAGCUUUGGUCCAAAAUUGCUGCAGGCACUUCAGGUUUGCUGUCGGCAGGUAUUUAAAACUGGGUUUAAAUGGGAUGAAGAGAUUUAGGCACACUCCUGUCUUGGUUUGGACCAAAGUUUGAGCGUUCCCAGGAACAGAACGAUCCCAGAAUGGUUUGGGUUGGAGAAGACUUGGAAGCUCACCCAGUCCCAUGGCCUCGGACACUUCCAGGGAUGGGGCAGCCACAGCUGCUCUGGGCAACAAAUGCAAAAUUAUUUUUAAAAGUGUGAAAACCACAAAAUAAUUAAACAAAAAGCAGCAUCCGAGGCACGUUGGGGUGUUCCAGGAGGGAUUUCUGCCAUCCUCGCCCAGCUCUGCCUCUCCUCAAAGUGCUGAAGUGUUUGACAUGGGCGAGAGGCCCAGAUUUGGUGUUUAUUAAUCAUAGAAAAAUCAAGUUUUUCUGGUGUUUGGUGGAUUUUCUCCUUGGGCAGGGCUGGUGUCACCUCCCCCAAGCUGCCACAACAAGCAGGGAGUGACAAACUGCAAUUCCAGCUUCCCUAAAGAGGAGAAAAUUGGGAGGGAGCAAACCCCAAAAGAGGAGAAACAAUUGGGAUGGAACAAACCCCAAAAGAGGAGAAACAACUGGGAGGAAGCAAACCCCAAAAGAGAAACAAUUGGAAAGGAACACACCCCAAAAAGAGAAACAAUUGGGAUGGAGCAAACCCCAAAAGAGAAACAAUUGGGAUGGAGCAAAGUCCAAAAAGAGGAGAAACAAUUGGGAUGGAGCAAAUCCCAAAAGAGAAAAAUUGGGCUGGAGCAAACCCCAAAAAGAGGAGAAAAUUGGGAUGGAGUAAACCCCAAAAGAGAAACAAUUGGGAUGGAGAAAACCCCAAAGAGGAAAAAUAAUUGGGCUGGAGCAAAGUCCAAAAAGGGGAGAAACAAUUGGGAGGAAACAAACCCCAAAAGAGAAACAAUUGGGAUGGAACAAACCCCCAAAAGAAUAGAAACAAUUGGGAUGGAGCAAACCCCAAAAGAGGAGAAAAUUGGGAUGGAGUAAACUCCAAAAAGAGGAGAAACAAUUUUGCUGAAGCCAACCCAGAGGGGCUGAGCUCAGCCUGGAGCCCAUCCUGAGCCAUCCUGGCCAAUAUCCCAGCUAUUCCCACAAUCCAUGGGAUAAAUAUUCCACCAUUUCUCCUUUUAGGGCUGUGGGACACACCUUAGGCCACUCCUAAGAGCUUUAUUGCAGCAGGGGUGGAACCGAAAAGUCAGGGAGAAAAUUUCGGGCAGGGCAGGGAAAAUAAAAAACCCCUUCCUGUGUGGUUUUCUCACUGUCAGGUUCGUUUUUUAAUUGUCAUUUAAACUAUUUUUGGCUGUGCACAGACAUUCUGAGGAGCAUUUCUGGCUUGUUUUCCUCCAUGCAAAAAAAAAAAGAAAAUUAAAUUAAAUAUUUGACAAUCACACCAAAAAAAAAAAAAAAAAAAAAAGGAAAAAAUUGGUUGUUGAGGCGUGUGAAUUCUCCAGAUUUUUUUGUUUCAUGUAAAUUGGGGCAGGAAAUAUUGUUGGGUUCUAAUAUUUAUUGCUCAGGUCCUGCUGGAGGUGAGGGACAUUAAAAGGAGGGGUUUAGGAGCACAAAACGGGGGGAAGCAAAAGCUGAGUGCACGAUCUGAGUGGCCUCAGCUGCUCCUUGACACAGUAAUAGAGAGAAAAGUGUUCUGCUUGAGGAGGUGGAUGUUCAAAUACUCUUCUUUAAAUAUAUAUAUAUAUAUUUUUGGAUGUUUGGGAAAUAUUUUGACAAUUGUAGUCUUGUCUCGAAUUAGAUGUCAAGGAUCACAGGGAGAAAAAUCUUAUUUUCUUCAGCUUUUGGAGUUUUCUUGGGGGUUUUGUGUUCAGCAGUCUCGUGUUGAAAAGGCGUUUUUGGGUGGAAAAUAAAAAAAGGGAGAAAAAAUGUAGUUCCUUUUAAAUUUAUAACGGAGAGGUUGAGAAGGCAAAAGAAUUGCUGCUUCACUUUCACCCCAUGGACGUGGAUUUAAUGCUCAUGGAUGUGGGUUUAAUGUCACUCCACUGGUUUGUCCCAGAACAUUAAACUUCAGCUCUCCAAAAUCUUUCCCUUCACUGUGAGCUGCAUCAGAUCCCAAGUUUUAUUCCAGCAGCGCUUCCCAGGUUUUUCCUUCUCUCUACAAUUAAGGGGGAAAAAAAAGAAAAGCUGCAAACUUGCCAGGAGUAAAUGGUUAAUUUUUAUAAUUUGAAAGGUAUGGCUUAGGAAAAAGAAACAGGAAUUAAAUUGAAAAAAGAAAUAAGAAUUAAAUUGAAAAAAAGAAACAAGAAUGCAAUUGAAAAAAGCUUCAAACCCGCCAAGAGUAAAUGGUUCAUUUUUAUAAUUUAAAAUGUAUGGCUUAGGAAAAAAAAACAAAAACAAGAAUUAAAUUGAAAAAAGAAACAAGAAUGCAAUUGAAAAAAAUAAACAAGAAUUAAAUUUUAAAAAAAAGAAAUAAGAAUUAAAUUGAAAAAAGAAACAAGAAUGCAAUUGGAAAAAGCUGCAAACCUGCCAAGAGUAAAUGGUUAAUUCUCAUAAUUUGCAAUGUAUGGCUUAGGAAAAAAAAAAUAACUUAAAUUGACAUUACACUCAAAUGAGCAGAGCUUUGCUUGUUGAUGCAAAAGGAGGAUCCAGACCGUGAUAAUUUCAGUAAAAAUUGCUAUUUCCCUUUUCACUGGCACAGAGCAGUUUCAGCCAGGAGCUGUUUGAGGCCAGGGGCCUCUUCUGCUGGGAAAUUGUAGUGAAUUUCCAGAGAAUUGUCUUCUCACCCCCAAAUAAUGGCUCCGGUUUGUGGUUCGGGUUCAGUUCUUUCAGAAGAGGAAAGGAUUGAAGUCACAGCGUGGGGGAGCAGAGUGCUGGGAUGGUGUCAACAAAAGAAAUGCAAUUAACAGUGGCUGUUAAUUAACAGGUUGGCUGCAAAGGCUCUAAAUCACUUCUUGCUGCUCCCCACUUCCUCAAAUUCACUCCCCAGGGACUCUUCAUGACCCACAACAGAACAUACUCAGCCAGUUCCUUUAUGAUUUCCCAUUAUUUCAGUAUUGUCUGAACUUUCUCUCCAUGACAUCUCUUCAGACUUGAUGUUACCAACAGCUCCUUUUUAUUUUGUUGGGGUUUUUUUUGUAUCAUCCUGUUUAUUACGGAUUUUGUUUUUUAUUCCGCGUGAGCAGAUUGUAUUUAUCUGAGGGAAAAAAAAAAUGUUUGCUGUUUGAAAAAAAAACACCAAUAAUUGUAUUGCCAAAACCAGCUGGAAUUACCUGUGACAUCUGUAUUUUUUUAUUUUGGGGGUGGGUGGUUGUUUUUAAUCUCAGUUUUGAGUGCUCCCAACUGUUAAAACAACCACUGCAUUUUAAUUUGCUUCUCACAUUAAACGGAACUCUCAGAAGUCAGACACAAA